AUGGAUUUAAGUUUUCUUCAAGCUCUGGAGAGAGAACGAGUCCUGGAGGUUCUUCAGAGGGACAAACAGCUGCGUAUUAUCGAAGAGGACAGGAUCAGGUGAGACCCUGCAGAGCGUUUUAAGUCAUGGUUAAAGAAAAGUGCUGAAUCAGGGCUGUGGAUUUAGCAAGUCAUGGUUUCUGAGCAGUAACAAAACAAGAUCAGUGACUUCAAAUGUUUCCUCAGGGUAACGUGUUUUAGUGUCACUUUAAAUAAAUACAUUUUCAAUCCUGAUACACACAGAGAAUGAAUAAGCUGUUUAUUCAGCCUACUUAGUUAUUAGCUGAUUGCAUUUGGUUUGGUGUGAAACUUUAAACCUCUUAGCUGCAGACUAAUCGAGAUCACCAUCACUCUAGCAGGUGAUCCUCUCAGCCUGAGCAUCUUUUCAGAUCUUUGUUAGCUACAGAAUACUCGUUCAAAAUAAAACACUGAAAUGUUAAUUUAAUGUCAUUUUCCCCUCAGGAGGAUGAAGUACGAUCUGCAGGAGCUUCGCCGAAAAGGCGCAAAGAGCUUCACGCGGCAGUACGGAGAGCGGACCUGCGCGCGCUGCCAGAGGCCGCUGGGAAAGUUCUGGAACUCUGGAGCGGUCUGCAGAGGCUGCAGUCACCGGAUCUGCAGCAGGUGUCGUGUGGGAGUGGGAGCAGCGGAGUGGAAGUGCACGGUCUGCCACGCGUACAGGUGCAGUGAAGAGCUGAAGUACCAGAUUAACGUAGAGAGUGAUGACACAGCUGAGUCAGGGGAGCUCAAAUCACAGCAGUGAGUGUGUUAGUGUGUGUGUACAGUAUGAGUGUGUAUGUGUGUGUGUGUGUGUGUGUGUGUGUGUGUGUGUGUGUGUGUGUGUGUGUGUGUGUGUGUGUGUGUGUGUGUUUGUUUUCCAGCUGUAUUCGGCUCUUUCUAUCCUGGUGGGCUUCCUCCCUCAGAAGCGGCGCUUGUUUUGACAUGUCAGAUGUUGGUGAGUGAUGUUCUCGCUCUCAGCUGUCCGUAAUAAUGUCCUCGUGUGUCUCUGCUCCUCACAGGGAGGUGAAGAUCAGGUCUGGAGAGUGGUUCUUAGAGCAGCGGGCGCUCAAGUUUGCAGUCACCACAGGUUUGUUCACGACACCAGCUCUUCACAGAUUCACAGUUUUUAGAUUUGACAUCAUUGUGAAUUUUAGAUACGUCUUGUUAUAAAGCAGUUUUACUUUAAUGAAUCGUACAAAAUUGAAGAUCUGAGUGAAGUCUGAGAUAUUUGCAGCAUAAAAUAUGACUCAGCUGUUUAAUAUAGUCAGCAUGUAGUUGUGAAGUAUUAUAAGAAAGUAGACCUCAUAUAUUAAUAAGUGUCUAACUGUUAUAUGUGAAGUUUUAUUUGCAGUCUUAUUCAAAAGUGUAGCUCUCACUCUUGUGUGUUACGUGUGUUCAUCACAGUUGUGUGUUUUUCAGAUAAAUUCGAGACAGUCGGGGAGAAACUUUUAAAGACCUACAACGUGCUGAGGUACGAGGACAGUCACAGGUUUUUCUUUUCACUUUUAAAGAGUUUUAAUUCAAGUUAUAGAAGUAAAAUCCACAGACUAACAGUUUUCCUCUUUUUUUCAGUCACAUAUCAGUCGUACCUCCAACUCCUCCUCCCCACAUGGAGUUCAGGUUCCUGAGCAGAUCUGGGGUAAAACACAGACAUUUCUCAGCCUUGAUUAGCUGUAAAAGUUUAAACUUUAUAACCUGACAGACUUUUUUUAUCUGCAGGAUUUGAAAUACUCCAAACCCUUCAACAAAUCGAUGGAGGAUCUGAUGGUUCCCGCAGUCGUUCAGCUUAAAAGUAUGUUUUCUUAAAGAGUCAAAAGAAUAAGAAAAAGUUUCUUUAAUUAAACCGGAUUUUCUUAAUCUGGUUCUUAACCGCGUACCUUCAUCCUGCUUUCUGAUCAAGCUAAAAGCAGCACUUCCUCUGGAUGUCAUAAUUACAUAAUCUUUCAAGCGAAAAGUACACAGAGUGAUAACCACAGAGGAAAUGUAUUUGAGUUAGCGUGACAAAUCAAACCGGCUCUUACCUCACUAUCAGAUCUGCAUCAGCACAAGUUUCACAGGAUGGUGAACUCCGAUAGCAUCAGCGGGUUGCUGCAAACUUUGCAAAACAAACAAACAGAAAAAAACCUGUGAUUACUCAACAACUUUAUCCACUUCAACUUUUUAUUAGAGUUCAUCACAGGAGUGGAAAUUUUUUAGUACUCAGCUUAUGCAAUCGACAGGAAAUUUCUGAAUUUUUUUUUUUUUUAGUGCAAGAUUUUUUGUUUUGAAGAAGCUUUUGGGAAACUUUACACUUAACUUUACGCUUACACUAUAUUCUCUUACUGCAGAGAUUUCUACGUCUCAGACUGACCUGCUGAGAGUCGAUGACGGACGCAGAAAUUCAAGCUUCAGCACCCAGAAGAGUCUGUCUGACACUGACAUCAACAAAUCCAAACUGGUGAGUCAGCUGGAAAAGAAAGCAGAGAUAUCUCAGUUUACCAAAACGCUGAAAGUCUCACUCUAAGAGGGCUGCUGCGAACUUAUUUAGGCUGAACUGAUACUGAUGAUGAUAUGAAUAAUCAGAAGUUACCAAAGCAGAGAAGGAACCUCUGAGAACAUUUACUGAUCUCUGCUGGUGAUGAGGGGAACAACACUGAGGACAUACCUCUUUUUUCUCAGCUCUUUAAAGUCCCCAGUCUUCCAAACCUGUUCAAGAAAAACAAAGACAGUGACCACGAGGGUUCGUCCACGGGAGCAGAAGAAGAGACGUCCGGCGGUUCUGAAUACUCAGGAGGACAGAGAGUGAGUUAGAAAACCAAAAUCCAGGGAUCGUCCUGUGAGAGCUAAGAUUGUUCUCGCCCCGCUCCACCUGUUUAUCACCGACUCUGAUGUUAAAGCGUGUCGUCUUCUCCUCCUCAGGGCAGCAUCAGCAGCCUGUUUGAGAACGUCAGCAUCUCAGGAGAGCUGGAGCUCGCUCUGAACUACAACAGCAAGUCCUCCUGUCUGGAAAUCACAGUCAGCGCCUGCAGGAACCUCACCUACGGAAACGCCAAGAAGAAGAAGUGUCACCCGUAAGACUUUUGUCUCAUACAUGUCUAUAAAACUCAGUGCUGAUGCGUGAUUCUUCCUGAAACUUCAUCCUCCUCCUGCGCUUAUUUCUCCGUGCAGAUUUGUCAAACUCUGUGUGCUGCCAGAAAAGAGCGGCAAAAUGAAGACAGCAGUCAAGAGAUACACGACAGAUCCGGUUUUUAAUGAAGUUCUCAAGGUAAAAGGACUGACUUCAUUUCUAUCAGCUGUUUAUGAAGCUGUUUCGACAAUAACAGAGCAGAAGAUACAAAAAAUAUACAAACUGCCUUAAAUCUCAUAAAUUUGCAAGUCUAAUUCUGUUAAAUUACGACUUUAUUGUUGUAAAUUUGGGACAUUUUAUUCUCAUAAAAUUUGAUUUAACUUCUUGUGAUUCUGAGUUUAUCCCUUCACAUAUUCAUGACUUUAUUUUUGGAUCUCAGUCAAGCUGUGAUUUCCAAACCAAACCCGCUGACACUCAGCUUCUCUCUGCCGUCUUAGUUUCACGCUUGACUUCAAAAUUCACGUUUUUUUUCUCCUUGUUCUGACAGUAUCACAUAGAGCGCCCCCUGCUGUUCGGAAAGAGACUGCAGGCCUCCGUUUGGCAUUCAGGGACUCUGAAGAGGAAGGUGUUUCUCGGCGAGGUCCUGAUCCCUCUGGACGGCUGGAGGUUCGAGGACAAGAUCGCCCAGCGCUUCAACUGGUACCCGCUCUGUCCAAAGGUAAACAUCAGAGAAAUGAUCAGAGGUUGGCCGUCCGUUUUCUUAAAUACUCGACCCCAGCCAAGCUAAGGUUAGUGAGGCAAACUAAAGGCCUGCUGUAGCUUCACAUGACCCCACAGAGUCUUCUCGUCUUACUCUCAUAAAACACUAAAUAAUUUCCACAAAUUUGAGGUUUUUGACCAACAGAAGAAAAAGAAAAAAAGGUGACAGAAAAAGGAAACUGAGUGUGACUGUGUGACUGUUUUUUCUCAGACUGAGAGUCCAGAAGAGGGCGCUGUGGAGCAGGACUAA